ACGUCAUGCUCCCUCGUCGGACAAGUCACUGCCGACGAUUCUCCAAAUCAAGCUGCCACCACACCCUUAAAUACAACCAAAUUACAGCACAAGCAGCAGCAACUGGUGCCUACUACUAGUACACUACAUCGAUCUACCGUACUGUCAUAAUGGUGAACUGGGUAGAGGUGCUAAGGAAGCACCUGCUGGGCCGCAUAGCCAAGAACGCCGGCCUCCGGCAGCACGCCGUCGCCGUGGACGCCGCCGCCCCCGGCACCGUCAUUAACCUCUGGCUGCCCGAUCACAAGCUCAAGCCACCGAAGCAGAACCAGAACGACCCAGCCGCCACCAACAAGCGCCCCGCCGUGGUGCUGGUGCACGGCUUCGCGGGCGACGGCAUGAUGACGUGGGCGUUCCAGGUGGGCGCGCUGCGGCGCCAGGGCUACGACGUCUACGUCCCGGACCUGGUCCACUUCGGCGGCUCCACCUCGCCGUCGCCCGACCGCUCCGUGGCCUUCCAGGCGCGCUGCAUCGCGGCGGCGCUGGGGAAGCUCGGCGUCGAGCGGUGCGCGGCCGUGGUCGGGUUCAGCUACGGCGGGCUCGUGGCGUUCCAGAUGGCGGCGGCGUGCCCGCCGGGCAUGGUGCGGUCCGUCGUCGUCUCCGGCUCCAGCCUCGUGUUCACGGGCGCCAUGAGCGACGCCCUGCUGGGGAGGCUCGGCGGCGGCGGCGCCGGGACCGGGACGUCGUCGUCGCUCACGGAGCUGAUGCUGCCGGAUUCGGUCGGCGGGCUCAGGUUCCUGUUCGCCGCCGCCACGCACAUGAAGCUGUGGUUCCCCCGUCGUGUCCUCAGCGAUUUCCUCAAGGUUAUGUAUAACAACCGAAAGGAGAGAGCCGAGCUGCUGGAAAAUAUGAUUACCUGCAGGGACGAAAAAGCACCGGCCCCUGUGUUUCAGCAGAACAUACUUCUGUUAUGGGGAGAGGAUGACGACUUCUUCCCCGUGGAAGGCGCCAAGAUGCUGAAGGAGUAGGGAGCUGGGCGAGAAGGCGACGCUGCGAAGCAUAAGCAGAGCGGGGCAUCUAGCCCACUUGGAGAGGCCAUGCGUUUACAACCGCUGUCUCAAGGAGUUCCUGGCUCUCGCAAUGCAUUCUCCCACGUCAUCUUGGCCUGAAUUAUAAGAAUAUGGCUGGCUAGCUGCUGCUUGUUGUGACUCGGUGAUUAGCUAAUACAUCUAUCUUCUCGCAAAAAAUGAAAGCUAAUACAUCUAUCAGGCAGACGAAUAAAUGGAGAUUGAAAACGUACGAAUAAACUGUAGGCUGGAGAAUUGUCAAGGGCGUGUGUGUCCUUGCAUGCGGUGAGAAUGAAGCGUACUUGUUUAAUUGUCGGUUCUUUGUUGUAAAAUUGUCCAUGCUACCGAUCAAUAACUCAUCAUGUAACUACUUAAUUUAAUAGUCUGUGUCUAACUCGUCCAACGUGAGGUGAGAGAAAUAAAAUCUUAAUUACUCUUU